CCUCCAUUGUAGAACGAUCUGGAAUAGAAGAUAACGAGGAAGUAAUAGCAUUUUGUAGAGGAGAAGAGAGAGAGAGAGAGAGAGAGAGAGAGAAAGAGAGAGAGUAUGGCUAAUGGUUACUACUAUCAGAAUAGUCCUUACUACUACAACUCCUCUCACUCCCAGUCUCCUCCCUUGCCGCUCCACCUGUGCCUCUUCCUCCUUACGCUCUUCAUGUUCAUAGGCCUCUCGUGGUACAUGGCCUACGAGUCGGUGUUCGAGAGCUUGUUCGACCAGCUCAAGUUCCUGCUCAUGAUGUCGCCGCUGGUGCUGCUGCUGGUCGUCCACUGGCUGUCGAGCGAUGAGCGGCUAAGGGUGCCCUUCUUUAUUCCCUUGCCGGAGAGGGACUCCUUCCACCGGGCCGGCGGUUCCCCUUGGGGCGUCGCGCUUGUCUUGGUGCUCCUCAUGUUCAUGAUCUCCUACCAGUCCUACUUCCACGACUGCUGGUUCCCGCUACUAAGCCGUUGACGCUGAUGAACCAGGAUGCAUGUAUCCCAGAUUCCGUAGCUGGAAGAAGAAGAAGAUGAUGAAGAAGUAUUAGCUAUCCAUGUAGUUAAUCGAUAAGACGAACUUGCGAAGCGUCUGUUGUCAAUAACAUUUUGCUCUUGGUUUUGUAUCUUAGUUCUGGAUCACUGAUCAUUGCCUUCUAACUUGAGCAUGAAAACAAAGGUUAAGAUA